GAGGAAGGUUAAGUGCAUUAUCCAUGGAUCUUAUUCAUGGAGAGGGAGCAGGUGAGUUGUUUCAAGCUCAAUCUCAUAUGUAUAAACAUAUCUGUAGCUUCAUGAAUUCCAUGGCACUUAGAUGUGCAGUUCAGCUAGGCAUUCCUGACAUAAUCCACAACCAUGCCCACCCCACGACUCUUCCCCAGUUGGUCUCCGCGCUUCAUAUCCCCCCCACAAAAGCCAGUUGUGUGCACCGGCUCAUGCGUUUGCUGGUGCAUUCUGGCUUCUUUGCUAUGGCAAAAGUUCAUGAACAUGAGGAAGAAGAAGGCUAUAUUCUCACACCUUCUUCUAGGCUCCUCCUCAAAGACAACCCAACUUCCAACUUAUCACCCCUCGUUUUGACCAUGCUUCAUCCAGUAUUGGUAACUCCUUGGCAUUUCUUUGGAGACUGGUUGAGAGGGGAUGACUUGACAGCCUUUGAGACCGCACAUGGGGUGAGCUUUUGGGACCAUGGGAGCCAUAACCCUGAAAUUUUCAAUCUUUUCAAUGAAGGAAUGGCCAGUGACUCUCAAAUGAUGAGUGUGGUUAAUUUUAGAGAGUUGAAGCCAGUUUUUGAGGGGUUGAGUUCAUUGGUAGAUCUGGGAGGUGGGACAGGUCUUCUUGCCAGGAUCAUUUCGGAGGCCUUCCCUCAAUUGAAAUGCACAGUGUUUGACCUUCCCCACGUUGUUGCUAACUUACCAGAGAGUAGGAACUUGGAGUAUGUUGGAGGUGAUAUGUUUCAGUCCGUCCCUUCUGCCGAUGCCAUUCUACUUAAGUGUGUCCUGCAUGAUUGGAGUGAUGAAGAUUGCCUGAAGAUACUGAAGAAAUGCAGAGAAGCAAUUCGAAGCGAAGAAGAGGGAGGAAAGGUUAUCAUCAUAGACGUAGUGAUAAAUGAAAAGAAAGAUGAAGAUGACAUAACAGAAACAAAGCUGCUGAUGGACAUGAUGAUGAUGACACUGGUAAAUGGAAGAGAAAGAAAUGAGAAAGAGUGGGAAAAGCUCUUCUUGGAGGCUGGUUUCAGGCACCAUAAGAUAAGCCCCAUAUUUGGUCUAAGGUCCCUUAUUGAGGUGUUUCCUUAGAUGGAGUUAAUUGUAUAUGUAAUACAAGCUUGAUAAUAGUGUGGAAUAAAUUAUGUGUCCCAAGCUUGGAUGUGA